AUGUCUAGCUCUAGUCAAGAUAUAUUUAGUUCGCAAAACUAUUCAACAACAACCAUUGUUGAUAAACUUUAUAUUUUAUCUACACAGUCUUUGAAACUUUUAGAGGAAAUGAUUAGUAUUCUAAAUAUAAAUGACUCACAUUUCAACGUAAAAUCUCAAGUCAAAGUUGCCAAAUCCAUUAUUUAUUCUCUGAUUGACAAUAUCGAAAAAUAUAAUGAAGGAAACGUUUUUAUUGCCGAAAAUCACUCAUAUAGCCAAGAUAUCGGUCAACAUCAACAAUCCUAUCCAGUCAAUAUAAAAACUCCACCACCAUCAUCGCCACCACUCGCACCUUUUUCACUAUCACCUCCUCAUCAUUUAAUGGAUAGCAUGACAGUUAGUCAAAGACAACAAUUAAAUAUACAAAUUCAACAACAACAGCAACAGCAACAACAGCAAUUACAACAACAGAGAUCUUUUAAUUUAAAGUCACCGAAAACCAGACCAAAAAAAACACCAUAUCCAACUACUUCACCAACUUUGGUUGCACAGAAAGCACAAAUGCUGUCAUUGAGUUCACCUUCUCUACAGUUUACAAAAUACUAUGCACAACAACCACACCAACAAUCAACUUCACCUCCACCUCCCUUAUUUCUAUUGGAUGACACCAAUAGCUAUGUAAAUAGACCAACACAAACAACACCAAUAUCCAUCCAAAUACCAAUUCAGAAUCUAUCGAAUUCACAAUCGUAUUCCAAUCAAAACACACCUAUUUGUAUUCCAACUCGCAACAACAAUUACCUUCCUUCCCCUUUUAACUAUGUUUUUACCCCAUUGGAGCUAGUACCACAACCAAUAUUUCAUGUAAAUCAAAUCGAUUGGAGUUCCACUUGCCUUAAUCAUUUUACAUUACUUUCAGAGAUUGGAUCAGGGUCAUUUGGCACGGUCUUUAAAAUCGUCCACAAUCAAACUGGAAAUCAUUUUUGUUUAAAGAUUUUGAAUAGAAACAGGAUUACACAUGCAAAACAAAUUGAACAUAUAUUGAAUGAGAAAAAUAUUAUGUUAUCCAUAUCAAAUCCUUUCAUUGUAAAAUUAUAUGCUACUUAUAAAUCAUCAACCUAUUUAUAUUUUGUUAUGGAAUAUAUUGACAAAGGAGAAUUAUUUAAUUAUAUAAGAUCAGAGAAUCAAAUCGAAGAGAGAGUUGCAAAGAUGAUUAUAGCAGAGAUAAUAUUGGCAAUCGAUUAUCUUCACCAACAAAAUAUUGUAUAUAGAGAUUUAAAACCAGAGAAUGUAUUGGUUGAUAUAGAUGGACAUAUAAAACUCGCUGAUUUUGGUUUUGCAAAGAGAAUUAAUGAAAAAACAAUGAGUGUUUGUGGUACUAUUGAUUAUAUGGCACCGGAAAUAAUGUUAUCAAAAGGUCAUGGAAAAGCAGUCGAUUACUGGUCGAUUGGUAUUGUUUUAUUCGAAAUGAUCGUUGGGAAUCCACCUUUUGCAUUGGAUCCAGAUCAGAAUGAAUGCAGCACCAAUAGUAUAGCAAACUUUUUGAAUGGAGAUGAUAAUUCGAGAAAAAUUGAUUUCCCUUCCCACCUGUCCAGCCAAUGUAAAGAUCUAAUUGAGAAGCUGCUGCAUUUCAAUCAGGAUCACAGAAUAGGUUCACAUAUGGGAGUCAAUGAGAUUAAGAAUCAUUCUUGGUUUUCAGACAUCGAUUGGAAUAUCAUAGCACAAAGACAAGGAUUUGGACCAUUCUAUCAUCUCUCUAGUUUUAUAUCGCAUCGAACCGACCACAAAGAAACCGAUCUAAAACUUUCAACAUCUCAAGAUAAUAGUGAUUCUUCUUUUGAAGGUUUUGAAGGUCAUAUAUAG